ACUUUUCACAUUUUUACUUUAGAAGAAAUUACAGAAUCGAUACCUAGAUCUUGCUUGAGAUUGAAUGGCGCCCAAAUAAAACGCGCUAAAAUAAUAACUGACACUGUCCGCUGUCAGACAUAGACAUAAGAUAAAUGCGCGCAUAUGCGUGAAACGGAACGCACCUAUAGGAGGAGAUAUACAUAUGUGUACGCAUGUGCGGUUUAACGGUAUCUGAUUCAACUUCUUCUUUGUUGCGUACCCCCUCCACAUGCUCUGAUAGCGGGCAGUAGGCAGCGGGCAGAAAUAUUGUAGCCAUCUUAUUUUUUACGACAUUGGUUUAAUGCAUCGCUCGAAUGGAGAUUAAGUUGUUCGUAUUUUUGAGAAAGAGUAUCGUAUACAUUACAAUAGAUUGUGAAAUUUUGGUCGGUGUUUACACAAAUGUAAAAUAAAGUAAACGAGUGAUAAUAUACGGAACAUACAUAUUUUGCUGAAAUAUUAAGCAACAAGUUGAGGAACUAUUGCACACAAAAAAUAGAAAGGAACGUCUAUGUAUUUAUAAAUAAUGGCAAAAGGAAAAAGAGGACCUUAUAAAAGAUAUCUAACAGACGACUCUGAAGAAAUUCCCACAACAACAAAAUAUUCUCGCGUAGUAAGAGCAAAAGAACAGAAAAUAGCGACACAGAUGGAAAUGUACCUUAAUGAAGAAAUUAAUUCGUGUGAACAAAGUGAUAUGACAAUUGAAGAGCAUUCUUUCCAAGAAUCUUUUGAAGAAGUAAACAUGAUUCACAAUACUGAAUGUAACAAUGAAAAUAAAAGUAGUGAAUCUGAAGAAGACAGAGAUGAACAGGAUUAUUUAGCUGAAGAUGGAAAUGAACACUAUUACUUAUCUGAAGAUGAAGAUGAACAUGAUUAUUCUUUUAAAGAUGAAGAUGAAUAUUAUUCUGAUAAUUUUUUUGAAGAUGGAAAUGAUUGUUAUACUUCUAACAAUGAAAAUGACAAUAAUGAAAUUAAUUUUUAUAGCGAUAAUGGAGAGAUUUAUGAAAAUAAUAAUUCUGAUAAUGAAGAAAAUGAAAAUCAAGAAUAUCAAAAACAUUUGCAGAAACACAUUGAAUUUCCCAUAUAUGAAGGAUGUGAUUUAAGUAAAGAGGAAAGCCAAUUAUUACUAAUGAGUUUGGCAGUUAAAAACAAAUUGACUGACACCGGAUUGCAAGCUUUACUUCAAAUUAUUGAUUGCCAUUUGCCAUUUAAAGUGCAUCACUCAAAGUAUCAUUUUCUACAGUUCUUUCCAAAGGUGAUUUCUUGUAAAUAUUAUUUUUGUCCAACGUGUUUUACUAUAUUGACAUUUCAUCAUGAUAUUAUUAUUGAAUGUAAUAAUUGUAAAGAACGUUACGAACAAAUCCAAUUACAAAAAAAUUUUAAUUUUUUUUAUCAUUUUCCAUUAAAACCGCAGUUGAUUGAAUUAUUAAAUUCUAAAUUAUUUACACAAUGUAGAAAAACUUGUCCCAUUGAAAGUGAUAUCGUAGAUGGAACACUUUAUCGUCAUUUAAAAGAACAAAAUGUUAUAUGUGACAACGAUAUUACUAUUCAAUGGAAUACAGAUGGUGUAGAAAUAUUUAAUUCAUCCAUGUACAAUAUAUGGCCCAUUCAAGUAUGUAUAAAUGAAUUACCAUACCGACUUAGAAGAGAAAAUAUUUUGCUUUGUGGAUUAUGGUUUUAUAAGAAAAAACCACCAAUGGAUUUGUUCUUGCGUCCAUUCAUAGAUGAACUUUUGGAAUUACAAACCAACGGGUUUUGGUGUGCCACACUUGAACACAAAGAACCUAUACACAUAAAAGUUUAUGCACUUCUCGCAAGUGUAGAUACAGUAGCUAGACCACUUAUUCAAAACAUAAAACAAUUUAAUGGUAUAUAUGGAUGUUCCUAUUGUCUCCAUAAAGGGGAACAAAUUUCAAUCAGAAGAGGUCAGAUACGUAUAUAUUCUGGUGAUAAAAAAGCAAUGCGAAGGAUGAAGCAGCAUUAUAAAUACGUUGAGAAAGCUAUUAAUGAAGGAAGACCAAUAAAAGGUGUUAAAGGACCUUCAAUAGUAAUGUUUUUAUCUACUUUUCAUAUUAUUCAUUCUUUUCCACCAGAAUAUAUGCAUUCAGUUUUAUUAGGUGUCACAAAAUUAUUUGGAACAUUGUGGUUUGACUCAGCUAAUAGUAAUAAAGAUUGGUAUUUAGGUUUAAGAGUGAGUGAAUUUAAUAAUAAAUUAUUGGCUAUACGGCCUCCAUGUGAAAUUACAAGAACGCCACAAUCCAUAAAAAAUAAAAAAUGGAAGGCAAACGAAUGGAAAUCUUUUUUAUUAUAUUAUUCGCUCAUUUGCUUGAUUGAUAUAAUGCCACGGAAAUAUGUUAAACAUUGGUUACUGUUUGUAUAUAGCAUUUAUAUAUUUUCCAAAACAAAAUUUACAGACAAUGAGUUUGAUAAAGCGGAAAAAGCACUUCAUCAAUUUGUUUUAAAUAUCGAGUUACUUUAUGGAAAAGAAAACAUGAAAUAUAAUGUACAUAUGAUGCUACAUAUGCCAGACUAUGUAAGAAAAUACGGUGCUGUAUGGGCAUGGUCAGCAUUUCCAUUUGAGCAUUUUAAUGGUAUAAUAGCAAAAAUGUUUCAUGGAAGUCAAUACGUGCCAUCACAAAUUUGUAAAAUUUAUUCCAGAAUAAGAUAUAUAAAAAAAAAUUCAGAAAUCUUUAGUAAGCCUAAUUGUAGUAAAGAAGGAAAAAAAUUGUUUAAAAACAUUAUGAAAGAAACUAAAAUUAUAAAAUGUAUAAGAUAUGGAGAUGACUUGAGAAUAUUUGGAAAACCUGCAGAUAUAACUUUAUCAUUGUCUCAAAAAUUGUUGGUUGAGCAGUUAUUACAAGAAACAAUAACAGAAAACGUUAAGUUAUUUUAUAGAUUUUCUUAUAAAAAUACUUUUUAUCAUAGUUACAAAUAUUCUCGUCUUAUUAAAAGAAACAAUAGCACAGUGAUAUUACAUAAUGGAAAAUUAAUGCUAAUUUCAGGUCUAAUUUUAAUUAAUAUACUAGAAACAACACACUAUAUUGUCCUUGGUAAAAAAUUUCAAAUAUUAGACGAAGAACUUUGUAAGCACAAAGGUAUAUCAACGAAAAUGUUUUCAUUUAUAGCACGAGAAACAAAUAAUGAUAUUAUUUGUUUUCCUUCAGACUUUGAUAAAAAGUGUUGUAGUAUAUUUUAUAAAGAAGAUAAAUUAUAUAUUGUGCCUUUGGUAAAUACUGUAGAAAUUGAUUAAUCAAUAUUUUUAUUAUUUUAAUCAUAAGUGUGAAAUUCUUUAUAAG